AUGACCUAUACAUGUAAACAUAAGAUUACUCUACGCGAUUCCGUCCUAUCUCGUCACCCAGGGAUUCUAUCAACUCUCUUCGCAUCCAUCAGCAAACUCAAUGAUUCCUACUCAGAACUUGUCAACACGUCUUUCACGAUUCCGCCUUGCUUUGCGAGGUAUGUGAUCCAUGGCGAUGUACGCGAACGUGAGGGCUGGACCCAGAGUCCACCCCGGAUCUGUAUAUCUGUGUUCCAUCACCGAUGCCGUCGUGUUGCCAGCACCAUACAACCCAGGAAUCGCCUUCUCAUCUUCAUCCAGGACUCCGGCGUAUCGAUCUGUCAAAGGCCGCCUGCCGGGGUUGCAGCGGCAUUGCAGAAGUUGUGGAACAGUGCUUUCGAGAGCUACGCUCACUCGUGGAUGGGUAGGGAAGCUCCGGCCAUGGGACUGGCCAAGGCAUUGCAAGGCUGUCAUUCUGCAAGAACGGUAAAGCAGGCUUAUCAGUCGAAGUGCGGCUGUUCAACUGAACCUUUGUUUUUUCUAAUCCGAAUUGGGAUAUUCGGGGUAAUAGAUGUGGGACGGGUUUCUCAGUUCCCGAGAGCCGAACCAGAGGCUGCAGUAUCCUUGCUCAACGCCACCAGCUUCAAGGGCGACGGGAGCGUCUGA